AUGAUGAGGAAGACAACGGCAAUCUUUGGCUGUGUGGUCAUAGCCCUGUGCAUUGGCUAUCUGCCCCUUGGGGAAGCCGUAACCUGCACGGACGCUCCCACGGAUCCGGCCUGCAUUAACUGCACCAAUGACCCAACCAAUGCCGAGUGCGUGGCAACUACGGUGGCACCUGAAGUCACGACUGUGGCUGCCGAGGUGACUACAGCUGCGACGGCUGCUGGCGACACAACCGCUGCUACUGCCACAGAUACAACAACGGCGGCAACCUCUGCUGCGGCCACAACAACAACAGCUACCACAACCGGCACAAAAAAGAAGCGGGUGAUCAAGUAUAAGCGCCGUGUCAAGGGUGGCAAGACAAGAAGGAGGCGGAACCGCAAGACCAGGCGCAGGAGGCGCAACACAACGGGUUAA